AUGGUAAUCAAUGAUCCUGGCUUUCAAAGCCCUGCAGGGAGCAAGGGUGAGAGACUGCGGGCAAAAGAAACGUCGUGCUGGAGCACCUUACCGGAGACGCUGGAGUGUUACCUGGCAGGAGGAUCAGAGUUGGAUUAUGUUUGGGACAAAACUGAAAAUGGGGAUUGGCAUUGUACUGCCAGCUGGAAGACACACAGUGGGUCUGUGUGGCGUGUGACAUGGGCUCAUCCUGAGUUUGGACAGGUUCUGGCUUCCUGCUCUUUUGACAGAACUGCUGUAGUGUGGGAAGAAAUAGUAGGAGAGUCGAAUGAUAAACUUCGAGGGCAGAGUCACUGGGUGAAAAGGACCACUCUUGUAGAUAGUAGGACAUCUGUUACAGAUGUGAAGUUUGCUCCCAAACAUAUGGGUCUUAUGUUGGCAACCUGUUCAGCAGAUGGAGUAGUGAGGAUAUAUGAAGCUCCAGAUGUUAUGAAUCUCAGUCAGUGGUCAUUGCAGCAUGAAAUCUCAUGUAAACUAAGCUGCAGUUGCAUUUCUUGGAAUCCAUCAAGCUCUCGAGCUCAUUCUCCGAUGAUAGCUGUAGGAAGCGAUGACAACAGUCCAAAUAUACUGGCUAAGGUUCAGAUUUAUGAAUACAAUGAAAACACCAGGAAGUAUGCAAAAGCAGAAACUCUUAUGACAGUCACUGAUCCUGUACAUGAUAUUGCAUUUGCUCCGAACUUGGGAAGAUCUUUUCAUAUUUUAGCUGUAGCUACCAAAGAUGUACGAAUUUUCACACUGAAACCUGUGAGGAAAGAAUUGACGUCUUCUGGAGGCUUAACAAAAUUUGAAAUUCAGAUAGUGGCUCAGUUUGAUAAUCACAAUUCCCAAGUCUGGCGAGUGAGCUGGAACAUUACAGGCACAGUGCUUGCAUCAUCUGGUGAUGAUGGCUGUGUUAGGUUGUGGAAAGCUAACUACAUGGAUAACUGGAAGUGCACUGGUAUAUUGAAAGGUAAUGGGAGUCCAGUCAAUGGUGGUUCUCAGCAGGGAAUGUUUAAUACUUCCAUAGGUUCAGCCAAUACAAGCCUACAGAAUUCAUUAAAUGGAUCAGCUGCUGGCAGGUAUUUCUUUCCCCCUCUGGAUUCCCCACGGGCUGGAUCAAGAUGGUCCAGUUAUGCCCAGCUCCUACCUCCUCCUCCUCUGAUAGAGCGCUCUUGCGAUGCUGACACUGCCAACCUCCAGUAUCCUCGUCCAAGCAGACGAUAUCUCUCUCAGCCUCUUAACCUUUUACCUGAGAAUGAAGGGAUUUAAACAUACAUAUUUAAAAUAAAUACUAAAGGGCCUUAUUCAGAUGGUUGUAAAUGCUUCAGUUUUUGGCUGCUUUCAUUUUUCACUUUUCCUCCUAAGAUUUUCAAAAAUCAGCUUUCUUGCAUGAUUUGGAUCCUAAUGCUUAUGCAUCAAAGGAAUAUUAGCUCUAUUCUUCAGUAGCCUUUGAUGAACUGUGACUACAUAUAAGCAAGCAGUGUUAACUGUGAGCUAUAUAUAGAAUAGCUGAUUUCAAAGUGCCUAUCUGGUAAUUGGGUUUUUUGUAUUUGGUUUCUUGUUGUCUUGAGUUUGUUAUAGAGCAUAUCACGUCAAUAAAUGUCAUCACAAUUAAACAUGCUUUCAAGGAAUUGUUCGAGAGUUCUAAAGAGUAAUUGGAAUUGACAUCUAAAAUAAAUGAAAAUAUUCCUGUUUACUACA